AUGCAGACUGCCAAGGCUUCUAUAGCUGCAUCUGCUGGGUCCCACGAUGAUCAGCUGGCUAACAAGACGUCCUGUGACUCCACAUGGACGUCGUCCUCCGCCGUCAUCACGAGAAAAGGGACUUCCUCGGGCUUUCGUAAGCUCCGCGAGGCGCUAAUGGCGAAGAAGUUCGAGAGCCAUGAUAAUAUCCCGGUGGCAGUGGGAGCUGUUCCUGGCCUCUUUAUCGGGUCCUACGGUGCGGCUAAUAACUUAGAAGCUCUCAAGACAACGGGCAUCACCCACGUGCUGUGCGUAUCACCAACUCUACCACUCAAUUUUCCCGAUGUGUUCACGUACUUACAGCUACAAGUGGCAGAUCUAAGUUCUGUGAGAAUUUCAGACUACUUUGACGAUGCUUUCGGCUUCAUCGACAGUGCCUUAUCUUCUGGAGGGAAGGUGCUUGUGCACUGCUUUAUGGGAAUUUCAAGGUCUUCAACGGUUAUCCUGGCAUACCUCAUUGCACGUCGGGGAUUCUCGCUCGCUGAUGCACUCUGUAAAUUGAGGCGAGUUCGGCCUCAAGUGCAACCGAACAGCGGAUUUUAUCGGGAGCUGGUAGCAUUGGAGGCCAAGCAGAACAACUCCGCGAGUUAGUGGCUGAAGCUCAGCUGAUCGGUCGCCAAACCGGGCUACUAUACGGUAGAAGUACUACAGUAGUAUGAAGUCAAAGAGUAGUAAAGCUUUUCGGAGCGAAGAUGGAUCAAACAAUGUGUAGAAGAUCAAACAAUGUGUAGAAGUACUACAGUAGUAUGAAGUCAAAGAGUAGUAAAGCUUUGCGGAGCGAAGAUGGAUCAAACAAUGUG